AUGGUCAUUCUCUCUGUGUCCCUGUUUGGGGUCCCCUUUGGAUGCCUGGUUGUCAGGGCCAAGCCCGUGUCCCUCCUGGCUGGCAGAGCCCUGGAGGAGACAGGAUGUUACGCCGUGAUCGCCUACGGCUGCGCCCGCUGCCCCCAGCUGACCUGUGAGAGGGAUGGGUGCCAGACUGAGUUCUGCUACCACUGCAAGCAGAUCUGGCACCCCAACCAGACGUGUGACAUGGCGCGGCAGCAGCGCGCCCAGGCGCUCCGCGUGCGGACCAAGCACACCUCGGGGCUCAGCUACGGGCAGGAGGCUGGGCCAGCUGAUGACAUCAAGCCGUGCCCACGCUGCAGUGCCUACAUCAUCAAGAUGAACGACGGGAGCUGCAACCACAUGACGUGCGCCGUGUGCGGCUGCGAGUUCUGCUGGCUCUGCAUGAAGGAGAUCUCGGACCUGCAUUACCUCAGCCCCUCUGGCUGCACAUUCUGGGGCAAAAAGCCAUGGAGUCGUAAAAAAAAGAUCCUGUGGCAGCUGGGGACGCUGAUCGGGGCCCCCGUGGGCAUCUCCCUCAUUGCUGGCAUUGCCAUUCCUGCCAUGGUCAUUGGCAUCCCCGUGUACGUGGGGAGGAAGAUCCACAGCAGGUAUGAGGGAAAGAAGACCUCGAAGCACAAGAGGAACUUGGCAAUUACUGGUGGGGUCACCCUGUCUGUCAUUGCCUCUCCAGUCAUUGCUGCUGUCAGUGUUGGUAUUGGAGUUCCCAUCAUGCUGGCCUAUGUCUACGGCGUGGUGCCCAUCUCGCUGUGCCGGGGCGGGGGCUGCGGGGUCAGCACAGCCAACGGGAAGGGGGUGAAGAUCGAGUUUGAUGAAGAUGAUGGACCCAUCACAGUGGCCGACGCCUGGCGAGCCCUGAAGAACCCCAGCAUCGGGGAGAGCAGCAUCGAGGGGCUGACCAGUGUGCUGAGCACCAGUGGGAGCCCCACCGACGGGCUCAGCGUCGUGCAGGGCAACUACAGCGAGACCGCCAGCUUCGCCGCCCUGGCGGGGGGCACCCUCAGCGGGGGGGUCCUCUCGGGGGGCAAGGGCAAGUACAGCAGACUGGAAGUUCAGGCAGAUGUCCAGAAGGAGAUCUUCCCCAAGGACUCGGUCAGCUUGGGGGCCAUCAGUGACAACGCCAGCACUCGAGCCAUGGCUGGUUCCAUCAUCAGCUCCUACAACCCCCAGGACAGGGAGUGCAAUAACAUGGAGAUCCAGGUGGACAUCGAAGCCAAACCAAGUCACUACCAGCUGGCCAGUGGCAGCAGCACAGAGGACUCCCUGCACGUCCACACACAAAUGGCAGAGAACGAGGAAGAGGAGGAGGAAGAGCAGGAGCAGCUGUGCCAGCACCAAAGCUGUGAGCAAAGGGACUGUGUUGCCAGCAAAACCUGGGACAUCACCCUGGCCCAGCCCGAGAGCAUCAGGAGCGACCUGGAGAGCUCGGACAGUCAGUCGGACGACGUGCCCGACAUCCCCUCGGAUGAGUGCAGCCCCCCCUGCUCUCAGACUGCAGCAGCCUCUGGGGGCUGCAGGCUGGACGAGAUGGUCAAACUGGAGUGCAUCGAAGCCCGAGUAUGA